ACUGUGCCCAAAACCACCACAUCCUUAUUUGCUCAGCACGAUCCCUCCCGCUCGGUCUCAGAUAAGGCCCGUCUGUGGCUAAAGCUACGCCACGACUUUACGGUGCUCCUGGACGUCCGCUGUAGGUGGAUUUGAGUUGAUGGUAGCCAGAACAGCAGGAUUGCUUGCGGCGGCGACGAUGCAGGCGGAGUCGGGGAUCGUGGCGGACUUCGAGGUGGGCGAGGAGUUCCACGAGGAGCCCAAGACCUACUAUGAGCUCAAGAGCCAGCCCCUGAAGAGCAGCUCCGAGCAUCCUGGCGCUUCCAAGCCUCCCUUAAGCUCCUCCAGCAUGACCUCACGGAUCUUGCUACGGCAGCAGCUCAUGCGUGAGCAGAUGCAGGAGCAGGAGCGGCGGGAGCAGCAGCAGAAGCAGCAAGCAGCCCAGUUCAUGCAGCAGCGCGUGCCCGUCAGCCAGACCCCUGCCAUCAACGUCAGCGUGCCCACCAGCCUGCCCCCCGCCACCCAGGUCCCAAUGGAAGUCCUCAAGGUGCAGACUCACCUUGAGAACCCAACCAAGUACCAUAUUCAGCAAGCCCAGCGGCAGCAGGUAAAGCAGUACCUCUCUACCACUCUAGCAAAUAAACAUGCCAACCAAGCUCUGAGCUUGCCCUGUCCAAACCAGCCGGGGGAUCAUGUCAUGCCACCUGGAACGGGAAGCAGUGCACCCAACAGUCCAAUGGCUAUGCUCACCCUCAACUCCAACUGUGAAAAAGAGGGAUUUUAUAAAUUUGAAGAGCAAAGCAGGGUUGAGAAUGAGUGCCCGGCUCUGAAUACACACUCACGAGCAUCAUGCAUGCAGAUGGAUGAUGUGAUAGAUGACAUAAUUAGCCUGGAGUCAAGUUACAAUGAAGAAAUCCUUGGCCUGAUGGACCCUGCCCUACAAAUGGCAAAUACGUUGCCUGUGUCUGGCAAUUUGAUUGACCUUUAUGGCAACCAAAGCAUGCCUCCUCCAGGGCUAAACAUCAGCAACUCGUGUCCAGCUAAUCUUCCUAAUAUAAAAAGGGAGCUCACAGCAUGUAUUUUUCCUACAGAGUCAGAAGCAAGGGCAUUGGCUAAGGAGAGGCAAAAGAAAGACAAUCACAACUUGAUUGAACGAAGAAGAAGAUUUAAUAUUAAUGAUCGUAUAAAAGAACUAGGCACUUUGAUACCCAAGUCAAAUGACCCGGAUAUGCGCUGGAAUAAGGGAACUAUUUUAAAAGCAUCGGUUGACUAUAUCCGCAAGCUGCAAAGAGAACAGCAACGCACGAAGGAACUUGAAAACAGGCAGAAGAAAUUGGAACAUGCCAACAGGCACCUGCUGCUCAGAAUACAGGAACUUGAGAUGCAAGCUCGGGCGCACGGACUCUCCCUUGUCCCAUCGACGGGCCUGUGCUCCCCCGAUAUGGUGAACCGGGUCAUCAAGCAAGAACCUGUCCUGGAAAACUGCAACCAAGACAUCAUGCAGCACCACGCUGAUCUGUCGUGCACCACCACCCUCGAUCUCACUGACGGCACCAUCACGUUCAGUGACAACCUGGGAAACGUGACUGAACCGGCCGGCACUUACAGUGUCCCUGCAAAAAUGGGAUCCAAACUGGAAGAUAUCCUGAUGGACGAUACUCUCUCCCCUGUUGGAGUAACUGACCCACUACUUUCCUCCGUGUCUCCCGGAGCGUCGAAGACAAGUAGCAGGCGGAGCAGCGUGAGCAUGGAGGACACUGAUCAUCCUUGUUAGCAAAUACUUGGCACAGCCUUUCAUAAACUGCUUCGUUUCUUGAUCAGUAGAUUAAAUAAUUUACCUUUUUUUAGAAUUCUUUUGAUUUUUUUUUCCCCUUGUGCUUCAUCAGUAGCCUAGUGUGUGUGCGUGUGUAUAUAUUAUAUAUAUAGAAUUUUUUUUUAGAUUUUUUUGUGAAAAAAGCUUGUAUAUUCUAUUUUAAAACUACCAACGCCUCCAAAAUAUUGUACAGCAUAUGUACAGUAUCUGUGAACUGGAUUCGCCAAGAACUUUGAACUGGUCAAAUCUACUCAAAGCAAUAGAAUUACACACGAAGAGUCUGUUUCUACUCGGGCGGGGAGGGGAGCAUAGCAGAAUUGUGAAUUCUGUGCAACCUAUUUACUUGGAAACAAAAUGUAAAGUUAAAGAAUGUAAAGAAACCAAAACAAAAAAGUCCACUUUGUAAUUGUGUUGAUUUAAUAGUGCUGCCUUAAAGAUACAGUGUCCCUCAAACUUUGGUCAUUAUAUCACAAGUGUUAAAAAAAAUUACUAUUCCACUCAGAAUACAGACAAAAAAAAAUGUUGAAACAUCCCGAUUGUGUUGAUUCUGAUAUAAAAUGUUCUUGAUACUAUUGCUGAAAACGAAGUAGAAAUUGCAGGGAGAUGUGAGUCUCUUUCUCAGAGUGCUGUUUAAUUUCACUCUGAGCUGAUUUGGGUUUUCCUUUCGAUCAUGGUUCGAGGUUUUUCUUUCAGGUUUUUUUGUUGUUUUGUAACAUGCAAUGAUGGUUUGCCAACAAAUGGAGAAGGAGCACUGUAAAUUGGUAUACACUCUUUGGACAAAAAUUGAUACACAUUUUAUCAGCUGGGCACAUUGUGUUGUACAUAUCUAAUUGGCUUUACUUUUUUUUAAAUUGCUUUGUACAGUUUAUUUUGAUUUGCAUGGAUUCCUUAGUUAUCCUCAACUUUUUGUUUUAAAUAUAUUUGUAUUUCAUUUGUAAGAAUUUGCCACUUAAUAUUGCAACAAUUUUUUGACAUUUUAAAAACUCAUUGGAAGUUUUCUGCGUUCUUUGUAAACACUUGAAAGGAAGCUUUUAUGCAGGGUUCUGUGUUUUAAGAGAGAUUUUGAGAAUAUUUUGUAUAUUACAGUCUCACUUUGAAAAUGUUUUUAAACACAUUUAAGGUAGAGUACAAAUUUAGAUUAGGUAAUAAACAAAACAGCUCUGUAGAAAAACUGAACUUACAUAUUUAUUUUUAGUGAUACAGAAAAAGUAGUAAUAUGCUUGGAAACAUAAAUAUGUAGUUAAUAUACCCGUCAUAGUAAUUUGUGUUUUAUUUCAGCACUGGGGCUGACAUUAAAAAAAGAAAAAAAGAGUAAAUUACUGUAUCUGCAAAUAACUGUUACUUGAUAACAAUGUUAUUAAUUUUUAACAUGCAACAAUGUUGUAAAAGUAGUUUGGUGCAUUAUCUACUCAAGUGUAGUCCUAUGCAAUAACAGUAGUUUUACUUGUAUUAUAUCAAGCCUAGAUGUUUUACAGCGGUGACGUAUGGUGUUACGAGCUAGACGGAUUGAAUGGAUUUCUCAAUAGCAGCCUACAAUUGACUUGCAAGUGGCAGGCAAGCAUAUCUCAUUCAGAAUGAAGUGCCUUAAAUUCUAGUUGUAGUCUUCCUGGACUAGCACUGACUGAAGCGUGGCAUAGGAGAAAGCUUUAGGGUGGUCUUUUCUAGGAAAUUGGAGUGUAGCAUGGUGCCUACGUAGAGAAAACAAGAGCUUCCCGUUCUCCUGUGUGCUACACUGGAAACUAUAUGUAAUAAAAAAAGCAGGUAGUGACUUGAGUGCCAGUUUGGCAGGCUUUACAAGGAAACCUUGGUCACAACAGUUACAGUGUUCAGAAACGAAAUGUGAAUUUGAUAGCGAUGGGGCAGUUGAGGACGCUGGGAGCUGCUGUGGCCUUUGGGGAGGUUGACCGCGCUUUGCUGCGAGCGCUUCCCGGGGAGCAUCCGCGGGCGGCCGGCGGCUGGUCCUGCUGCGCGGGUGCCGGCUCGGCGCGUUGGCAGGCUGCGGCUUUCGGCUUCGGUGCCCGGGGUCUCUGCUGGCGCUGCUCUCCGUGGUUGUCGUGUCCGCUAGACCUGCGAGUUGUACGUUGGCAUUGACGCAAUCGCCAGGUGGUUGCUUUUUUUGAAGGAAGAGCAGGAGUUUGCUUAUAAUGAUGCCUCUCCUCAAGCCCACCCCAGGCAGCUUUUGGGAUCGUGUCCUUGCUAUAAGCGAGAUGGAGCCGUGCCCGGGAUGGGACGGGCGAGCCCCUCGGAUGCACCACGGCCCGGCGCGGUGCAGGGAGGCGUUUUCUGCUCCGAUCCUCUGCAAAGCAGCUGUGCCCGGCUGGUGCGAAGCCCGGCGUGCAGCUGCGGGCUGCUGCAGGGUGUUAGUGGUGACGGGUGAAGACAACCGGGGCUGUAAAACGCUUGUAGCUGUAACACGGGGUGGAGUCACCCUUCCCGUUGGAGAGGGACAGCUCUGCCGCAUGGUACAACAGGAUCAGGGUAUGCACGCUCACGGUGAAAACCACUGAAUAAGGUUUUUGGUUUGAUGCCUGUGCUGUCUGUUCAGAAGUUGGAGUCUGGACUGUGGUAUGUGAAUAUUUCUCAAGCUUAUGUGAAACCACUGGUACUCGCUGACAGCCACGACUUCUGAUUUUGGCAAUAUGCUGUGUGGAGAUGACUUAGAAUCAAGAAAAAUAAUGUUAUAUCAAGAGCUGGACUUCUUGAUACAAGUUGCUGUGGCCCACAGCAGCCGUACGCUGUGCGUCCUGUAACGGUUGUGUUGCUCUAAGGUGACGCACGACUCGGCUGUGGCCCCUUCGCUGUCUCAUCCCAUGUUUCCGUAGGCCACAGCCCUUCUCCAAGUUUGCUUCUCUUUUGCGAGGAGAUGUUUUUGCAUGAUAGCCGGGACAUCCCUGGAAAUGCGAAGCCGUACCGAUUCCGGGUGUCCUCGUUUCUUGCGUUUCGUGGUGCUUUACGUGGGGAUGACUGCAGCGGACGGGGCAGCAGCUUGAGGCAGGGUCUGGCACGCACAAGGUGGAGUGAGAUGGACAGAAGUGCUGCCCAGUCCGGCUGUCUGGUGACAGUGUCUUUCGCCUGACACUGGGCCGGCUGUGGCUUACCUGACCGGCUAGGUAGAGUACCUAAUAACUCACUUUUGCCAAAACCACGCGACAAACACGAACGUGCAGAGUACCAUGAAGUUCUUCCGUAUUGCUUUUGGCCUACAAAGCAAUAUUAAACUUUGCAACCUGUAAAAGCAAAAAGAAGGUACACAAGGAAAGCACAAAGCACAAAAUAAUGCACUUACGUUUAUGUUGUUUGACAUAAAAUGCACUGGGGGGGAAGCUGAUGUUGAUAAUAGUAUAAAUACCUAUAUUUCUUGAAAAAGUGACAUUAAUUACUGCCUCUUGCUAUGAUGCUUGGUACUGUAAUGUUGAUAUUCAUCUGCUGUUGACUGCAGCAAUAAUUUGUGUAUGGUCCAUAGCACUGUAAAUUAUGGAUCAAUAUUAAUGUAUCCGAUGAAAUAAUUUGAACUGUUGUUCUUGAUAGAUGGAUUAAAGCAUUUGGUUUUUCACAUA